UCUCUCUGCUCAUCUCAUCCCCAGCUCCCCCAUUGUUCCAACUGGGAGGUAAGCAACAACAACAACAACACUCCGCUCGUCGCCGUUGUUGUGGUUGUUGUUGUUGAUCCCGCCGUGUCCAUCGUCAACUUCUCCGAUUUCGGUUGGUAUAGUCUCCUCCACUUCAAAGACUUGAGCGCCGCGCCAUGAGGAGUUCGGGGCCACCUUCCAGCCGCGCGCCUCUGGGAUGGUGGGGAUUACGCAGCCGACACCCGCAGAGCAUGUGAACGACGCGGAUGGAGUUUUGGGGAUUUAUUGCACAAUAAGUGAAAGAUGACCGUGUUCUCGCUGUGCCUGCUCCUGUGCGCGGACCUGCUGGACUUCGCCGUCGGAUAUUUGACAGUCACCAUAGAGCCCCUGCCCCCCAUUGUCGUGGGAGAAACCGUUACCCUCAAGUGUAACUUCAAAACCGAUGGAAGGCUACGAGAGAUUGUUUGGUACAGGGUCACAGAUGGAGGGACCAUCAAGCAGAAAAUCUUCACCUACGAUGCCAUGUUUAAUACCAAUUACUCUCACAUGGAGGACUACCGCCGGCGCGAAGACCUCGUGUACCAAUCAACCGUCCGGCUCCCGGAGGUACGCAUCUCGGACAACGGACCUUACGAGUGCCACGUGGGCAUCUACGACCGGGCAACAAGGGAGAAGGUCGUCCUGGCUUCGGGGAAUGUUUUUCUUACUGUCAUGUCGCCUCCGAACAACAUAUCCGUGGUGGCGGAGAACACUCCGGCUGCAUUCAGUCGAUACCAAGCGCAGAACUUCACUCUGGUCUGCACGGCCAAAGGAGGGAAGCCGGCCCCGUCGGUGUACUUCAAGCGUGAUGGCGAGCUGAUCGAGGUGAUCUCCUACACUCAAGCCUCCGGCGAGCAGGGCGGCGGCUCGGCGGGCGUGCGGGGCGCCCGGCCGUUCAGCCGGGAUCUGGACGACACCAAGCUGCAGCGUUCGCUCUCCCUCCUCGACCCCGAGGGCCGGGUGCCCCGGCUGCACACCGAGAGCCCCCACCAGAGGGUCCGCACCCAGGGCCAGAAGUCCUACGAGCCCAGCCCCGCCACGGAGGUCAUCCCGGAGACGGUGGUGAGCCGCGAGUUCCCCCGCUGGGUGCACAGCACGGACCCCCUCUACUACUUCAGCCACACCAACAUCCCCCAGAGCGACGGCUCGGUGGUGGUGCAGGCCCGACUCACCUGGACCCUCAACCCUCAGCUGGACAACGAUGCCCUGUUCAGCUGCGAGGUCAAGCACCCGGCCCUCUCCAUGCCCAUGCAGACAGAGGUCACCCUAGCCGCUCCCAAGGGCCCUAAACUCUUCAUGUCCCCUACCAGAGCGAAGGUAGGGGACACGGUGCGCAUCACCGUGCAAGGAUUCCAGAACGAGGUGUUCCCCGAGCCGCUCUUCACCUGGACGCGGGUGGGCGGCCGGCUGCUCGACGGCAGCGCCGAGAGCGCCGGCAAGGAGCUGAUCCUGGAGCGAGUGCCGGCCGAGCUCAACGGCUCCAUGUACCGCUGCACGGCCCAGAAUCCUCUGGGCUCCACGGACACGCACACGCGCCUCAUCGUCUUCGAAAACCUGAGCAUGAUGAAAAACACACAGAAUCCCAACAAUGGAGCUUCGCGCGUGGACAUGCUCGGACUAACGUGGAUGGCGCUGGUCCUCACAGUGACAGUGGAACUGACGUAAAACCUCUCGUUGGAGACACAAUUCACGCUGACACGUACACACACACACAUACUUGCCCUUCUCACACAGCAUCCACACACACACACGCACACACAAAUUGACACAAACCCUGCAAGCCUUCUCCAGGCAUCAACAGGCUCUCCAUGCGUCGGUCGAUCAGGAAACAGCCCCAUCUCAGGAUGGCCGCCCCACUGAUUUUCUUUUCUUUUCUUUUUUUUUGUAAUGAAUUAAUAACCAAGAUAAUGAUAUCAAAAGAACAAUGUGAUGAACAUGACAAUAACCACCCCUCCCCUUCCUCCCCCCGUAUUGCCCUGUCCAUUUACACCCCCUUUGUUUCUUGUUUCCCACGUCUGCCUGUUGAUCAAUAAAAUCUGAUGAGUUGAAAUGGAAAAAGAAAAAGAAAAAAGCAUUUGGAUUUUAUUUUGUUGAGUCGAAAUGUCGUUGGUGUUGACUUGAAAUGUGAAAAGUGGAACUGGCUGGAUACGCGCCAACAUAUCAACCACACCCAUCUGUUACAUGUCCUGGGAUGCACCUGAUUAGCAACAAACUGAUAAACCGUGGG